AUGCUUUUGCUCGCAGCAGAAAUCAGUGCCGUGUCCGCGCUCACGCCCACGCCUACGUCAACGCCCACGCCCACGUCCACUCCCACGUCCAAGUACGCGUCCUAUUGCGGCCCUAAAGAGGAUUGCUGCUGGAAAGACGGCAAAGCUUGCCAGAAGAAGCUGGGCAAAAGAAAAUGCGGAAGGACUCAGACCGAAAAUUACUGCAGAGAUCACGGUGUUACGCUGGAACAGUGCGACGCUGAUUGCUGCUCUGUUAGCAAAAAGCAGGGCAUCGGCUGCCCAAAGAAGCCUUGGUUUCGUUGA